AUGGGUGGUCAAGUCUCGGUGGUCGGGUCUGUGAAUGAAUACAUAUCAUCAGAAGAGGUCCGCAAUUACGUAAGCGACGAGGAAUUUGAACGACUGAAGAGAGCUUUUGCGCGCUUCAAGAAAGGAGGCCUUAGUCAGGACGACUUCAAAUACCAUGUGCUUGGCGGGGCUCCGAUUCCGAAUGGAACAUUGCGGGAGCUAUUUCUUUAUUUCACGCGCGGUGCCGACAUCCUGACGUUCGAGAACCUGGUCACAGCAUUGGUUGGCGUAUGCAAAGUAGAACAUGUGCAAACCGCAUUUAUCCAAAAUCAUCCGCAGUUCAUCUCAUGGAGUUCAAAAACACCGUUGCUAUCGACGCCCAUUCGCGACUCAUACAGCUCUUUCUACGAGGUUAUGUCCUAUGUCACCCAUUUAUCAAUUGCCGAAGUCCGAGAAUUGGAAAAGGUUUUUGCGACGAUCAGUGACCGGGGCCGAUGCCGGAUAACGCAGAAAAACUGGGAGGAGGCUGCAGCAGGCUGUUUUCCUGAAUGGUUCGUCAAGGGAUUAUUCUUCAUCUUUGAUGACAAUCGAAAUGGCUCGAUUGAUUUCCGCGAGCUCGUAUGCGGGGUGUCAGCUUUAUGUCGAGGGCCUGUACCAUCUCGCCUCUCUUUUCUGGCAAAGCUUUGGGACGUGGAUUUGGAUGGAUCGCUCUCCCAGGCUGAGCUGGAAAAGUUAUACGAACAGUUACAAGUGCCAUCUACAAGUCGGACGAUAGCGGCAAGCCAUGGCGAGAAGAGUGCUCCUGUCGAUUUCGCUACUUGGGCAAUCACGGAAGGUGCAGAAUAUGUCAAGGAGCUUUCGGAGAUUUCUCUGGAAAUUGGCCACAUUUGCCUCGGCUUGCGGCCCGAGUCUCCUGAAGUUGAGCACCAAAUUAUCUCGAAUUUGUUGGAGCGAACCUCAAACCGUCUAUUGCCACUUUCGAAUAUCGUCAGCGCCCAAUGGCAUCGUGAAUGGAAGAAAGCGGUAUUAGCCGGGAAUCCCCCUCCGCCUGUUGACAAUCGAGAUAUCGGAGGCACAAAGGAGGAUCGUUCACCGAGUUCCAUGGUUGCUUGCAUCACAACUGAAUCUGCCUGCUUGCGGUCAAAUAUUACCCCGGGCGACUACAUUGCUGUUCCUCCCGUUGUUUGGCGGGCGCUGUUGCGAUGGCAUGGCAGCCAACAGUCGGUCGAUGGACAAUUUACUCGACGGCGCCUGCCCGCGGACAUAGCGGAGGAUGGCACUGAGCAGUUGGAGCUCUUUCCAUUGGAUGUGAUUUUAAUGCGUCAUGAGCAGAAGAAAGCGCCCACCCCGCGUGAAGAAUCAAGUUAUAUUCCUUGGGCGUAUGCUCAGGUUUCUCGCAUGACAACAGUUGGGGAACUCCUUAAAAUGGCAAAACUGGAGCUGAGAUUGGGAGAGGAAGAAGCGCGGCUAUGGCUGAUUACAAAGAAAGACGAAAAGGAGGCUCGACGUGAAAGUAAAGAUAGCGGUAGCCGACGGAAUGACACCGGCGCUAAUUCUAAGGAUGGGCGGAUUUUUGGCCCGACGGAGAAUUUAUUGCUGGAUGAACAUGACUGGCCGCUUGCUCAGGUCUCUAAAAGCGCCACGAACCUGAAGGUGUUCAUUGAAAUCCGCGAGAAAUUCACUGGAAUUUGGCCGGAAGAAGCUCGGAUGGCUUCGAUUGGCUCCGGGACUUUUGGGACAGCACACACAAAUAUUUUCCAGAAGGGGACGGUCGGAUUGGUUAACUCCGGUAAUACGUGCUACCGCAACGCCGCUCUCCAAUGUCUGGCCCAUGUCGCCCCAUUAACAGAGUAUUUGUUGGAAUCUACAGAGGAUGUUGAACGGGUGAAACACGCUUCCGGCUACGUGAUUACGCAAGAAUAUAUUAAACUCUUGAACGAAAUGUGGGCUACCGCCGGCAAGAUCAUCUCUCCAUCGUCAUUUAAUAGUGCAAUCGAUGAGACCGGCUAUUUCUCGCCGGGACAAAACGACUGUCAAGAGUUCUUGGGUUUUUUGAUGGACCAAGUAGAGACAACAUUGAAUCAAAUGUCCUUGGUCGAGCGAGGCUCACAGAACCAGCAAGGUCGUACACCAGCUAGCGACCAGAAUGGCGAAGAGCCGACUGAAGAAGAAAGUUUAUCGGCGAAAGCGUCUACUGCCUGGGCCAAUUAUAUGGAGGCAAACAACAACAUCGUUUCCAAACUGUUUGCCGGACAAUCAAAGUCGACUGUGACCUGCCAAUCGUGCAAAAAGACAUCGUCCGUCUUCGAGCCCUUCACCGUCCUCUCGUUGCCAAUCGAAUUCGGCGAGGCCUUGCUUUUAUGUGCCACUGUAGUCAAGCGGGACGGUACUCCACCCACUAGAUAUGGAUUCCGUUUGCCAAAAGAUUCGCAUAUUGGCGCAUUUAAGGAUGCCAUCUCGGAAAUCUGCGGGAUCCCGAGCUCGCGAUUCAUACUAUGUACAGAAGUCGAGGAACGAAUCUAUUGCUUCCGUGAAGAUACAAUGCGCGUUGCUGGGGCGAUCAAGCCUUCUAGCACGGUGUUUGCUUUGGAGCUACCGGAAGAUAAUGAUGGUCAUUGGGUUCUCGCACAGCAACGAUUUUUGCAAGUCAACCAGGAGCCGCAUUUUAUCGCUUCCGUGAAUGGGCUGUCGAUGAAGAAAUUCGGACUUCCCGUUAUUUUGAAGUGUACGGAAAAGACGACAGGCCUCGAUCUUUAUGCGGAUGCGUGGCGACAAGUUUCUCGUCUGAUUCGACCUCGUACUACACCGCUAUCCCGAGCCACCGAUCCAUGCGAAUUUUCGGCCCAAGAAUUUUCCUUCACGCUAGCGACUGUUGAUUCCUCAUUUAGAUGGUGCUCGAAAUGUCCUCCUCUGAAUUUUUGCAUGGGUUGUGUCGUGCCCGGGAAAGACGAUCUGGUACUUGGUUCUUUAACGGAGACAACUUGCUUGGCCUUCGAUUGGGGUGCGACUGAUCUCUACUUGCGGUAUGAUCUAGAAGGAGAGUUGACAACUAUCGAAGAUUCGUCGGUCAACCUUACCUGGCAGGUCCACUACAGUUCAUCCUCUAUCGAAGCACUACUUGAAAAAUAUAGCCGACCUGAGGUGCUAGAUUGCCCGUAUGAAUGUAGCGGCUGUCACAGAAAAUCCGAAGGCCAUCGUGUGUUUACGAUCUGGAGCCUUCCCCGCUAUCUAAUUGUCCAACUAAAGCGGUUCAAGUAUCUUCGCGAGGAAAGACGUGUCGCGAAGUGCGGACGGCCGAUCGAAUUCCCGUUCGACGACUUUGAUCCAUCUCCCUACACCGACCCUGAACGCCGAUCGAUCGAAGGAAAAUCGACGCGCUAUAAUUUGAUCGCGAUCGCUGUGCACUAUGGUGAACUUUUCAAUGGACACUUCGUGGCGUUUACUCGGAUUGAAAGCAACAAAUGGCUGCAUAUCAACGACACCCAUGUAAAGGAAGUAUCCAGCAGCGAAGUUGACCGGGAUCACGCUUAUCUGCUUUUCUACGAACGAAAAGGUGCU